AUGCGUUUCAUCAUCUCCAUACUCGCGCUCUCCGCGACUCUUGUAUCUGCUCAGGGGGUGGCUUCUGCACCUGGUCCUGAUCCAUCUAAUCCACCUUCUGAACAGAGUUGCUCGGUCUUCAUCGACCGUUGUGUGCAGAAUGGGGACCCAUGCUCGAUUUUCUGCCUACACGCAACGACAAAUGAGCUCAUCUCCAUACAGGAAAAGUUUUGCCUCAAGGUCGGACAAGCGUGGACUUGCAGUGGAGAACAGCCAAACCGCGGGACCUAG